AUGGGCAGUUACCUGGGCAAGCCGGGGUCCCCGCCGUCGUCCCCAGCGCAGACGCGCGCAGACUCUUCGGAGAGGCCGCUGAAGCGCCGGCCAGCUCAGCCCCUCCAUCGGGUCCACCGGCUCCCGCACGUCCAUCGCGCCCACCCCGCCCUGCGGCACAGACGUGCGAGGAGGCAGCCGCACCGGGAGCCGGCCAGGCCCACCGCGUGCGCGGCCCAUGGCGCUUGGAGGCGCUUUCCCAUGGAGAGGCCCCGGAAUUCCAUCGUGGGGCCUCUUCCCUCAGACUGGUGGGACAGUUACGUCAAGCGGACUGUUUGGUCUCCUCGGCACCCCCGGGCAGCAGGGAGCCCGGUGACCGUCAGGAUAGCCCCUCCUGAGCGGGGAGCGCUUGCCUCCACUUCCCCCGCAGCGGCGAUCGCCUCCGCAGGGCCUUCGCCCUCUGAGAAGCCCCCAGACCCGUGUGCGAAGGAGACGGUGCUGAGGGCCCUCAGAGAGUGCAAGAAAGGGAGAGUGAGGUUUGAAGAACCGCUGUUGCCCGACGGCUCGCACAGUAAGAGAAGGAGUCCGGACACCAGACCAUCCGCGUUUAAGCCGCUGGUGAAAAAUGGAGUGCUCACUUCUUUCGUGCCCAGGCCCGGGCCUCUGAAGAGAAGCCUCGAGUCCUGGAGCUGCGGUCGCAGCCCGAAUAAGAGGCCCAGUCGCUCCUCCGUGAGCUCCUUGGCCAGCACAGGCAGCCCGCUCGGCUCCGGAAGAAAUGCUAUCACAAGUUCUUACAGCUCUUCUAGAGCUUUCUCUGAGCCCUGGAAGAGAAGUGUUCCCAGUGCAUCCCUGCAGACACCAGAAUGGCCAGUAAAAAGGAAGGAAAAGGGUCAUCAGCCUCACUCCCCAGUCCCACUGGAAUCAGACGAGUCCCCAGCAUCAACUGGCAGCUCUGGGCAGCAGAGUCAGGAGAUUCCACGGCCACUCUCUAGUCCCGGGGACCUGCUGUCACUGACCCCACCUCCCCAGCUUGGUGAUGCAGACCCUGAAGAGGACCUGGCCUUAGGGCAGAAAGGUGGACUCCAGGGGAGCGAUAGAGCCGGAGAGGAGACAACUGAGGUCACCAGAGACUCUGCCUCUGAGACGUGCUCUGCUCUCCAGCCUUCCCUGUCUCUCACCCUGCUUUCCGCAGGCCCAGCUCCAACCCAGGGCACAAGUCCACAGCUGGAAAGCUUAACAAGAAUGCAGAGGUCUCCCCUGGCCCUCCCACCAUCUCCUGAAGACGGAGUCCGUAUAGCCCAAUGCGCUGGGAAGGAGCAUGGCCUGCUGUCCUCCCGAGGCUGCUCACGGUCCGAGCCCCUUCCAGGCACCUCUUCAGACUCAAGGCCCACGGCAGCUUUCAUCCUUCUGACCCCUGUUUCUCCCACGUCACCGGCCACUGACGCCGCAUGGCCCCCUGCAAGCUCUCAGGCUGACAGGACUACCGUGCCCCCGAGGCUGCCUGCCCUCAGCCCUGCAGGGCUCACUGUGCAGAGUCCUCUGUCUGGAAUGAGCAGCCCAGCUCCCCAUCUUCCUGCAUCUGCACCUCCUGUCGCAGCUUCUGCGGGCCCCACGUGGAACCCCAUUUGGGGGCUCCCACCCGAGAGUGAGACCGGAGGCUCCUUACACUCCGGAACUUCAGUCACCGCUACAGCAUCUUCAGCUCCAAGCGUCUUGACUCCCACCUUCAAGCCUAUCUUUGGCGGCAUAGGACCCCUUAGAACUACGCCCGUCAUAGCGCCUUUCUCUCUCAAGCAGGCCUCUCCUCUGGCUCCUGCCGCUUCUACCCAUCUGCUCCGUGGCCUGGUCCAAGCUACCUCUGUCGUCGUGUCCGCCACCCCAGCCAGCACAUCCAAAGACUCUGCUUUCGUGGCACCUUUGGAUCUGGGCGUAGUGAACGUCACCAGGGGCACGCACGGCACUUACUGCAUCCCGGCGGCCUGCCACACCUUCAGGGCCAGCUUCGCCCCGGCCACAAGCUUCAUUUUCCCAGCCCAGCAGCGUGCUAGCCUUCCUACCGUACACGCGGUCACCAUCUUUAGCCAGGUCCUUUCCAGCGCUGUCCAGAUAUCCCCUAGUAAAAGCACUGCCAAUUUCAGGGCUGUGGGCGGUCCUCUGGCAGCUUCAGCCCUGGUAACCCCACACCAGGCCUCGUUAUCCUCCAGCAUAUCCAGUCCGACCUCAGCAUUCGCAGUUCCCUUGGGCUCAGGCUCGAGGCCACCCUUCCCGCUCUCCCCCGGAGCCACUCCCCAGCCGGCGCUGGGGGCUACAGGUGGGCAGAAGCAAGGGGCCCCCCAGCCAGCCCUUGGCCCAAGCUUCAGUAGGCCUUUCCGUUUUGGAAGCUCAGCCGUGGCAUCCCCCACCCCAACCCCCACUGCAGCUCAGCCAGCCUUCAGCAGCGCCUCGCACUCACACCUCGGGCGUUUGACACCCUCCGCCUCCGCCCGUCGCCUCCCUGCCGUCAUCUUGCCGACUUUUGGCCGCACUCCAGCAGGGUUCCCCUUCGGUCCAGCUGGUACCACUGGGUUUGGGGCUGUGGCCCAGACGCACGGGAACGGCGCUUGUGGCUCAGUGUUAGGCAGCACAGCCCCACGACCUUUUGCCUUUGGGGGAUCAGUGACCCCUAUGGACUGUGGGGAGUCUGGGAUCAGUGCCACUGCCCCAGACAGGAGCUCCAACUCUGGGGCAUCCGGCAUUGGAGCAGGGCCAAGCCAGACUGCUGGCACCCUCACACCCUUUGGAAAAGCCUGGAGCCGGAACACGCCGGGCCUGACCAACCAGAGCUCACCUUUUGUCUUGGGGAGGGCCAGCGUUUCUGCAAGAAAAACUAUGUUUGGGGGCCCCUGCAUGGCCCCCUUUGCUCAGAGCACCCCCGUCCCUGGGCCAGUAAUGACAAGCAGCAGCCUCGGCUGUGGGAUGCCCUCUCCACCUGCCCAGGGUUGUGCUGGGAGAGGACUUUUCAGAUCAUCAGCCUCUUCAUUUUCCAUUGGUGCAAAAUCAAAAACCCCAAAGAAUCGGGAGCAAGGGCAUUCCCGAAGGCAUCAUGCCCACAAGAAAUAG